GCCUUGGCCCGGUGGAAAGCAAAAUAACCGCCUCAGCCAGGCCCGAGGGAAACGCACGGAGCGUUUCUCCUCGUCCAGGCUGCGAGCGUACAGGGGUGGGGACGCGCGGGUGCAGCGGCGCGAGAGGAGUCGCGCACGCCUCACCUUCCUCGGCCCCAUUCGCGCACGUCAGUCGCCGCUGCGGCCCUCUCGCGCGGUCGCCGUCGCUGCCGCCCUCUCGCCCAGCCGUCAUCGUCGCCGUCCUUGCGCCAGAUCUGGGUCGAGCUCCCCCACGCGCGCAUGGCCUCUCGCCCCCUGUCCCCCUCGCACCCGGCCGUCGUCGCCGCCGCCCUCGCGCCCCGCCGUCGUCGCCGCUAGAUCUGGGUCGAGCUCCCCUACUCGCGCCCGGCCGUCUCGCCUCCCUCGUCGUCCGCCGCGCUCAUCACCACCAUCAUGUGCCUCACCUCCGCCAGGACGCUCGUCGUCAGCGCCACCGUGGUCGUCGCCGGAGUCGCCAUGUACUACGGCAUCGAGCGCAUGAAAACCGUCAGCUGCGUCCAGUUCCUCACGCCGGCGCCGCCUGACAGCCUCCACGGAUCAUCGUCCUCCGCGGCGUACGACGAUGGCAGCGACGUCGAGUACGUCCGCGUCGUCCUCCUCGCCGCCGCCGACGAGGAGCACGCCGGAGAAGAUUAUAGCAGAGCAGUCAGAAAUGAGUUGAGAACAACUUGUGGCACUUUAGCAAAGAACAUUGAUUCUGUUGCAGAGUUGCAUCUAUCUUCUUGUUUCAGUAAAGCGUAACAGCUUCAGCUUUCAGAUCAGUUGAGAUGCUUAUCCUGCUGCAAUUGCAGUUCAUCAGUAAUUAUACUGUCAGUUCUGACCCCCACCCCCAUGUGUUUUCAUCACAUUAUUGUGAACGGCUGAAUAGUAAUACUGCUCUACUAUUUCAUCAGGUUGUUUUGCUGAAUAGUCAAAUUGACAGUGUUUUUCUCCCUAGAUGUUUAUUGAUAUUUCAAGGGUUAAACGGAGCAAUUAAAAGAUACUCCCACGGUUCAAAAACAAUUGCACUUUUGACUUUAAUACGGUAAUUAAGCUCUCACCAGCAAUAAUUUUUAUAUUGUCAAGCUUUGCAGCACCAAAGCUAUACCAUUUGAUUUGUUAUUCAACGUGCUUUACUCACAUCAUCUUUUGCAUAGAAAAUAACGGUCAUAGUUCAUCCAAUUCAUUCCGGGUAAAACAAAUAAGAGUUGUUGAAGCUGUUGCUGUACAGUGACCGAUGGAUU